GCUUGCCGUAUUAUCCCAAAAUUGGUGAAAGCAACGCCUAAAGCAAAAAUGUCUCUUAUCUAACCUUUUUUUUUUUUGCUCUCCAACUUUCCCUUCAUUUUCUGGAGACUAGCGAGCCAAUAACGCAAAAAGCAUCCACAAGAAGCAAUUGUUCGAUAUCAAUGGGGAAGAACAAUAAGAUCGGAAGCGUUGUUCGGAUCCGUCAGAUGCUUAAACAAUGGCAGAAAAAAGCUCACAUCGGAUCCAACAACAGCGAUUCUGUUUCCGAUGUACCUCCUGGUCACGUUGCUGUUUCCGUCGGUGAGAAUCGUCGGAGAUACGUUGUCCGUGCUAAGCAUUUGAAUCAUCCGAUCUUUCGUCGGCUUCUCGCUGAGGCUGAGGAAGAGUAUGGAUUCGCUAACGUUGGUCCGUUAGCGAUUCCUUGUGAUGAAUCGUUGUUUGAGGAUAUUAUUGCGAUUGUGAGUCGGUGUGAGUCCUCAUCUGGACGAGGUAAUCCUCCGGCGGCGACGCUUGAGGAUCUCCGGAGGUGUAGUCACGUCGGAUUGGCCAAGAACAACGUCGAAUCUCGGCCGUUGCUUCCUGGGAUUGCUGAAAAAUCUGUGUGCUAAAUACAUUUGAAUCGAUGGAAUUUGCAAACGGAAUUUGGAUUGAAGCUUUUGGUUAGAGUUUUUUCAUUUUGAAAGUUUUUUAUUUUAAUUUCGUUGCUAAUUUUAAUGAUUCUAGUUUUGAUGACUUGUUUUGGGGAAGGAGAUGGCAAAAUUAGGGUUUGAUUGUUUUUGGUUGUCGCCAGUGUCGUCGUCCCAGAUUGAUGAAGAUUGAUGAAGGAGAUAGUUUUUUGGAGAGAGGAGCCCUCAGUUUUUAUUUAGAUAUUUUUGAUUUUGGUCAUGAGAUUCUUAUUUAUAUUUCUUUUGGCUAUUUUCAAUUGUAUAUUCAGAUUUCUGAAUUUUAACUGAGGAAAUAAUAAAUUAAUUUUAAAAUG